AUGAGUACAAAUAAAAAAAAUACUGAUACAUCCAUAGAACUAGUUUCUAAUAAUGGACCACUUCCGAUCAAUGUCAUGAUGCAGGAAGGUGUUAAAGCUCUGACUAGUAUACUUUCAAAUCAAUUACAGGACAGAAAAGCAUUUGAUAAGACACAACAUUCCAUGCAGUUUGUAAUCAGAGAUAAUGGCAAACGAUUAAUAGAUGAUAGUAAAAAAGAUAACUCAAAAGUGAUAGAUUCUAACAACAAUCAUCUCACAACUACAACAACUGCCACUAUAAAUAUAGAUGAUAAACACAAUAGUAAUAAGAAUGUUAAUAAAUCUAAAAAAACUCUUAGUACUGAUAACUCUGAAGUACACGAGUUCAUGAAUGAGGAUUUUUUAAAUCCAGAUUUACAUCUUGAUGGUGAAGAAGCUGAAAUAAUAUUUGAUUAUGAAACACAUGACGCGUCUCCAGAUGCUAUUGGUAAAAGAAUAUCAGAAAUGAUUGAAUCUGUUCUACCAAAUGGGUUUCCUGCUGAUUCUCAGGGACAAUUACAUGCUGUAAUCAAUGGGAAUGAAUUAAGUAUAACUGAAUUAGAUAAUAAUACAGUGGCUUCAUUAGAAAACAACAAGCAUAAAAUUCUAAGUAACCAAGAUCAUACUAGAAUUGAAGAACUUGUAAAUGAUACCAGACAAUAUGAAACAACUUCUAAUAUUGGUAUAAAUAAUAUGGGUAGUGAGGAAGAGGGAGAUGGUAAUCUUAAUGAUGAAGAAGAUAUCGAGCAUGAUGUUAAUAAUCAUCCUUUUGAUCACGAGACCUGUUGUCCUCACCAUAGUAUAAAUUCUAAUCACAGAGCUUCACAGAGAUUCAAAAACUAUAACUAUCAUGACUUUGAAUAUAUUCCUAAAGGAACAAACGUUAAUAAUAAAAGACCAGACUUUGCCGUAUUGAUUGAUAGGGAUAAACCUAUGUGUAUGUUUUGUGAAUACUACCUAGUGUUUGGUGAACCACCGAAGAAUAUGAUUAAAUGGUAUAAUAAUAUGUUCGGAUAUAAUCGUCUACCGCCUUCAUCUAAUAGAGAUAGACACCAGCAUAAUCAAAAUCAUCAGCAAUACCAACAACAACAAGGACAUCGUAAACGAAAUCGUUAA